CAUACAAAAAGUGGCUCCUCAAUCCUGAUGGACAUAAUUAUUAUACUAUUACAUUAAACAAAGUAAACAUGUAGGUAGGUACCUAAUUUAUUUAACUCGGAUGCUGUUGACGAUAAUGGUCAAUGUUCUUCUUCUACUUGACCUCAUUGUAUCGACCUUAGUAUCGACUGUUCUUUGUCUUCAUCUUUAAGUUCAUAAUAAUAUUUGAAAAACGUGAAGCGCAGCAUAUUUUAAUAAUCUGUGCUGUAAUCUGGGUAGGUAUAAAUAAUUGAGAAUUAUUAUAUAAUCUGUGAUUAUAUGCCCUUUCAUAUUUUUGCAUGCUGAAUUUGAGGCGAGAUAUGAAGAAACAUAAUUGUAUUUUAAGACCUAGUAUAAUUGAAACCAUAUUUCAAGAAAAUAAAUUAUAUUCUAUUCCGAUGGCAAAAAUCCGGUGCAGGAUGAACUAGCAUCACUUUAUGAUGUUAGGUAGGAUUGAUCAAGUACUUUAUUGCAUGAUGAUUUUAGGUACUCAUAUAAGCCUAUCCACAGAGGCGGAAUGCGUGAUCGAGCUGCAGUGCGCGGAGUGCGUGCCGGAGCACAUGCCGCAGGUGACGUCACCCCGCGCGGCGGCCGGCACCGUGCGCGUGCCGCCCGGCGCCGAGCUGGCGCUGUCCUGCGCGCCCGGCGCCUUCCUCGCCUACCCGCUGCAGCGCCAGCUCGCCGCGCGCUGCGAGGCGGGCCGCUACCGCGUGCUGCACGACGCCGCGCUGCGACACAUCCUCGACCUCGGCUGCCAGGAGAGCAUCUUUGAGGACGUGCUGCAUCAGGUUGACCACUGCGGAAACCUGCAGGGGCGAGCGUACCUGAUGCGGCAGGCGAGCCCCGGGGCGGCGCAGCACCUGGUCGAGCUGUGCUUCGACGCGGACCGCGGCGUGGCGACGCGCCUGCACAUGAGCACCGCGGCGCUGGCCACGCGGCCGCACAGCGACUCGGCCGCGCCGCUCAGCCUGCUCGGCAACUUCAACCACAUGUUCGACGCCAGCACGCGCCACGCCGCCGAGCGCCUGUACUCGGACGACGAGCGCCUCACGCGGCGCCUGCACGAGCUGCUCAAACACGACCACUUCUCCUUCGCCGAGCAGCGCCUCACCUCCGCGCAGCUGCUGAGCGGCCGCUACUUCGAGGAGCCGUACGCGCGCGCCGCGGACUUCGUGUCCAACCGCGUGGCCGUGUGGCGCAGCGUGGCGGCCGGCAACCUGCGCCACCUGCAGCGCGACGUGGCGCGGCUGCUGCGGCGCGGCGCGGCGCGGGCGCUGCACGUGCACGCGGGCACGCGCGGCGUGCUGGCGCUGCGCGCGGGCCCGGGCCGGGCGCCGCUGCUGCUGAGCGCCGGCCGCUUCCCCGUGCCGCGCUACGUGUGGACCGUGGUGCACGACGCGCGAGCCCACAGGGCGGUGGCGCUGGUGCUGCUCAACGACCCGUUCGUGGCCGUGAGCGAGAUCCGCGACGCGGUGUUCUGCGAGAGCGCGUGCGGCCGGCUGGCGUGGCUGCAGGAGCUGCUCCGGAACCGCAACUACGAGGCGCCGCUGUACGGGCUCGUGUUCUGCUGCAGCCUGCAAGAGUUCAGCGCCGCCGUCAGCGAGCUGCCCGCCGACCUCGUGCGCGUGCCGCCCGGGGAUGACGGCUUACUCACUGACUUGUUGGAUUAGUUUAUUGUUGAAAAAAUGCACUUAUCACUAGACAGCUUAAGUCAAUAAUAUUAUAGCUACACACUAUUUCCUGACAUAGAUUGUAAGAAAAACCAGAAGAGUCGUUUAUUAAAUACUUUAUUUAAAAAAUUA